AGGAGCGGACAAGCGGGAGGGGAGGGAGGAGAAGCAGACAUCGACACCUAGGCAGUGGCAGUUAUAUCCACAAGACGAGAGGGGAUAGACGUUUCUCAAUGGAGUGCGUAUUUUGAACCAUAGCCUGUACAGGGACCUCAGAGUGGAAAAAAUAUUUUUCAAUCCGGCGUUGAUCGUGCAGCUGCGGGAAGGGACAAUUGCGCGCAAGGAAUAAACAUGGCCCCAAGUCUAUAUCUCCACGGGGCCUUGGCUGUGUUUUGUGUGACUCUAACCUGCAAUGGAUUUAAUAUAGACUCACGGUUUCCAGUUAUCAAAGAAGGGAAAACCAAGGGCAGUUUCUUUGGAUUUGCUGUUGCCUUACACAAACAGACGGAAGGGUCCACGAAAUACCUUCUCCUGUCAGGAGCACCCAAGGAGAAAGCCCUGGCUCUGAGGAACGUCAAUGAGACGGGCGCCAUCUACUCCUGUCCUGUCACCACAGAGCUUAACGACUGUGAAAGGAUGGACUUGGUCAGCUCCACGGACUCGUCUGAGAUGGUGGAGGGGAUGUGGCUGGGAGUGACUGUGGCCAGCCAGAGAGACCUGCCAGGGGGUCGAGUGCUGGCUUGUGGGCAUCGCUACGUGAAGGUGGUGUGGGGGGGCGCGGAGGAGCAGCUGCGGAUGGUGGGGAAGUGCUACGUCAGGGGCAAUGACCUGACCUUCGACCCCAACGACGAGUGGCAGGACCACAGCUACGAGGUGUGCAACCCCAACUUCGACAUGGAUCUGGAGGGCUUGUGCAACAUGGGCAUCUCGGGGGGCAUGACCGACACGGACGUCUACAUCGGCUCUGUGGGCAGCUACGUGUGGCAAGGCAACGUUCAUGUAACGUGGAGAGACCCUGAGCCAGGAAACGCGUGGGACUCAAGUGUCAAAGACUUUGGGCAACUGAACAGACGAUACAGCUACAUGGGUUACUCUGUCAAUGAGGACAAGAAGCUGCUGAGUCAAGACGACUUCACGGUAGUGACGGGGUCUCCCAGAGAUGAAUCCAAGGGCUCAGUGAUGCUGGCUAAGAAGGGCAACAUAGCGUUGGUGACCAUGUUCAUCAUCCCAGGAGAACAAGUGGGCUCGUACUUUGGGAACAGCCUAGCUGUCACCGACCUCAACAAUGACAACUGGAAUGACCUGAUCGUAGGUGCCCCAUUCUACUUUGACCGUCAGAAGGAGGAGGGAGGAGCGGUGUACGUCUUCAUGAAUGAGAACGGCUCUUUCCAGAAGACACCUAGCAUGGUACUGAAGGGUCCUACGGCAUCUGGUUUUGGAUUCGCCGUGGCAGCCAUUGGCGACGUCAACCAAGAUGGAUUCCAAGACUUUGCAGUAGGAGCCCCAUUCCAUGAGACUGGGAAUGUCUACAUCUGGAUGGGAAGCAAGAAGGGAAUCUCUGAGGAGCCUAGUCAGGUUAUUGAGGGGAAGUCAGUGGGUAGUGGUGGGUUCCAGACCUUUGGCUAUUCCAUCAGUGGAGGUAUGGACAUGGAUGAGAACAGUUACCCUGACCUCCUGGUUGGUUCUCUGGAUGACCGCAUCGCUCUGCUCAGGGCUCGUCCAGUUAUCCAUCUCUCUAAGAACUUCACCGUGCUGCCAGAGAUUGUGGACCCUAACCUUUGUCCCCGUGGAAACAAAUCCUGUGUGACUGUGACAGUGUGUUUCUCCUACACACUCAGCAAUGGAAACAAAGAUUUCAAGAAAAACAUCAUGGUGAAGUACACAGUGGAAGCCGACAUGCAUCGCCGGAGCCCUCGAGUUCUCUUCCUUGUCAAUAAGCUUGCCACCUACACAGGCCUCCUUACCAUGCCAUCUCCCAAGACCGAGUGUCAGGUGCUGGAGCUCAGACUAGAGGAUCCUGUGAGGGACAAACUGGAGCCGGUGGUUUUCUCCCUCAACGUGUCCCUGGAUGAGCAGAAACCCAAAGUUAGAAAGGCCCUGCAGAACCUGGACUCCUACCCUGUACUGAGCCACAAACAGAAAGUGACUGAGAGGAAAGAGAUCAACUUCCAGAAGGAGUGUGGCUCAGACAACAGGUGCACCAGUAACCUGCAGCUAACAGCAGCGUUUGCUAACGAGUUACUGAAGCCUUACCCCAGUCAGGGGAAACGCCAAUUGCUGCAGUACAGCAGUAAUGUGAAAAAGGUGGUGCUACUUGUGGAGAUAACUAACGUGCCAGGCCCUGGGAAGGUAGCUGAGGACGCCCACCAGGCCAUGCUCAACAUCUCCACCCCCUCCACGCUCCGUUACUCUGGCGUGCGCUCACAUGAUACUGGUGUAGAAUGCCGUGCUGGAGAGACUGUUAUGUGUGAGCUGGGGAAUCCACUGAGGAGCAAUGAGAAGGUCUCUCUGCAGCUCAUCUUUGAAACAACAGGGAUCAACCUCCAAACCAGGGAGAUUGAGUCUCAGUUGCUGUUGUCCACGUUGAGUGAGCAGAAUGACCUGUACCCGGUGUCUGUGGUUCUGUUGAUUGAGACCUCCAUCCAGACCUCCUUCUCCAUAGAGAAUCCCCUGGUCCAGACCUACUUCAGCGGGGAGGUGAUGGGAGAAUCAGCUAUGAACACGACCAGUGACGUGGGCAGUCUUGUGGAAUACACCUUCAAGGUGUCAGUGGAGGGAGAGCCUCUGGGGGCGCUGGGGAUCCUGGCCGUAGAGUUUGAGUGGCCCUUCGAGGUGACCAGUGGGAAGUGGCUUCUCUACCUGACUGAGAUCGUCACCAAGGGGACAACUGAGACCCACUGUGUCCCUCCAGGGGACAUCGUCAAUCUUCUCAACCUCACAUUGUCCAAGAACAGGAGCAAACGUCCCAAGCGAGCGGUGGAGGGCGAACACCCUCGCAUCAUCGAGCCACAGGCUGUCCUUACCGUGCUGACUCCUCGUAAAGAGACCUACCUACUGGAUUGUUCAAAGUGGACAGCCCGCUGUGUGACAUUCACCUGUCCCUUGAUCAACAUGUCUACCUCUGCCAAGAUCAUUGUGAGGUCACGGGUGUGGAACAGCACUAUGCUAGAGGACUAUAAAAAUGCUUUGAGGAUUAAGGUUAGAGGUCAGGCCACACUGAAACUUGUGACGGACAACCCCACCAUCAAGAUGGAAAAUGAGACCAGAGAGUUCAUAGUGGACAUUGACCCAGUCCUUGGGGUGGAAACACCUUACGAGGUUCCCCUGUGGAUCAUCAUCGUUGCCGUGGUAGCAGGAAUCCUGCUGUUAGGAGUCAUCAGCAUCAUACUAUGGAAGUGUGGCUUCUUCAGGAGGGCCAGCAGGAGGGAGAUGUACGAGGCCAAAGGCCAGAAGGCUGAGAUGAAGAGCCAGCCCUCAGAGACGGAGAGGCUGACUGAGGACUACUGAGACAGGAGAGGCCCCCAAUGAGGGGCCAUGCUACACUCCACUAGGGCGCCUGGCUUGGCUUCUUCAAGCGGGCCAUCUACUACCGGAUUAUGCCAAAGUACCAUGGAGUGAAAAUCCGCAAGGAGGAACGCUACCAGUUUAACAUGGGCUUCCAGCCAGAGGAUCCAGACAAGAAGUACUGGAUCACCAACUGGACAGAGAUGCAACGUUACUACUACUGAAACCCUGACCUAUGACCCUGAACUCUGAACUCUUGACCUCUGCCAAAGUUCAGGGGCAUUGUGACGGAAGGACACAAGGGUUUUUGGGAUGUCACACAACUUGGAGGGCACAGCACACAGACCAAUUGUGAAUACUGAUCACUGACCACAUUGAUUCUGGAACCUUUCUCUCCUCUGUAGAUUUCAUCAAAAUAUUUUUUUGUUUUUUUUUGUGCAAUAUGCCAAAUAUUCUGUUUUAGAAAUUGCAAUGUUUAAAGUAUUUUGAUGAAAGCAGUGUUGUACAUUGAAAGAGUGUUUAAAAAUCCCAGUUUGGUUGUAAAUUUGAUUUAUUUUCCUACCACUGCAUAUUUAAGUACUGAAAAAAAACUACAAAUCUUUGCAUGUAUAUUUUUCUUCCAUACGAUCUAUCUGCAAGUUCCUGAGCAAAGUAGUUUUUUUUGUCGUCACUGUUUAAAAAAAUAAUCAGGUGAACGAGUCUGUAAAGAGUCUGUAAAAAUUCUUAGUGAAUGUACCGUUCCUUUCAUAUCUCUUUGUUUUAGAAUGUCAGUGGUUUAGCGAUGACGUCACUACAACCGUAGUUUGGGAGAUUAUUUUGAACUGUGCAGAGCUUUAUUAAUCAUCAGGAUGACUUUGUUAUGACAGAACAAUGACAGUGCCUUAAAAGAGAUCGAUUCAGUGAUGACACUCUACAGUGCCUUCAGGAAGUAUGCAAUACCCCUUGACUUAUUCCACAUGUUGUUGUGUUACAAUGCUUGAAAUCAAAAAUGGAUUAAAUAAAUAAAAAGUCUCACGCAUCUACUCACAAAAC